AUGCGUUCUGCCUCCGAACAUCCCGAAGUCGUAGACAAAUAUCUGGCUUCUGAAGUUGCUGCGCAUCGCAUGGCGGGGCCGUUAGAUACUCCUCCUUUCAACCGUUCGUCCCCUCAUGGUCAUAGUGUCAACGCUGGUAUUCCCAAAAACCCGUACUCCUUACGAUAUAUCACUGUUGAUGACGCCAUUCGGUCUUUGGUGAGUCUUGGCCCCGGGGCCUUGAUGGCGAAAUUCGAUGUGCAAGCUGCCUACCGGAACGUCCCUAUUCAUCCUGACGAUCGUUUUCUCCUGGGGAUGAAAUGGCGGGACAAGUUUUAUGUAGAUUUGGUCUUGCCGUUUGGAUUGCGCUCGGCCCCUUUCAUUUUUGAUUCCGUGGCAGAGGCUGUUGAAUGGACUCUAAAGCACAAUUACGCCAUUGACCCGCUAUUUCACUAUUUAGAUGACUUUCUCACCCUGGGUCCUCCAAACUCCCCCCUUUGUCAGUCCCACGUUCACACCGCGUUUUCCGUUUUUUACCGCCUGGGUCUUCCCCUGCAUCAUGAGAAAUGCGAGGGUCCUAUUACUGUUAUGAUUUUUCUCGGUAUCCAACUGGAUUCGGUUCAACAAAUGGCUAGCUUGCCCCCCGACAAAGUUGACCGGAUACUUCGUCUCCUCCAGUCUUGGUCCAGGAAAUCCACCAGCACCCGCCGGGAGCUUGAGUCCCUCAUCGGAUCUCUCCAUCAUGCCUGUCGGGUUGUUGUCCCAGGACGCAC